UCUAGUACCAUGGUGUCCUGGCUCUUGCUUCUCCCUCUCCUUCCACUCUCCGUCACCGCAGCAAGCGGUCGAGACAAACUACUAGGCGUCGACCCCGCGUUAAUCAAGAAAUAUACACCGUCCAAGUCUAACACUUGGAAGUGUCUGGAUGGGUCAAAGGAGAUUCCAUGGAGUGCUGUGAAUGAUGAUUAUUGCGACUGUAGAGACGGAAGUGAUGAACCAGGAACCAGCGCUUGCCCGAACAGUCGAUUCUAUUGCCAAAACAAGGGGCACAUAGGAUCCUUUAUACCCAGUUCGAGAGUGGGAGACGGUCUUUGCGAGCCCGACUGUUGCGACGGUUCCGACGAGAAGCCUGGAGUUUGUCCCAACCGAUGCAAGGAAAUCGGAGACGCCUAUAGAAAGGAGCGCGAGGCUUUGGAGAAGAUUCAAAGGACGGGCGCUAAAAUCCGCUCGACCUAUAUUGCCUUUGCUCACAAGGAAAAGGCACGCUUGGAGGCUUCUAUAGAGAGACUGGACAAGGAAAUCAAGGAAAAGGAGAAGGAGGUAGAGAAACUGCGAGACGUCGCCGAACGCACAGAGUCUCUAUCCCAAGCGGCUAUCGAACACAAGAAGCAGUCACCUCUGUACAAGUCCAUGCAAACACACAACAUCGCCCUCCGCUCCCUCCAACGCGAGUACAAGAAGCACCUCGAACGCGAGAAAGCCCUCGGCAACAUCCUCGACGCCCUCCGUACCGGCUACAACCCCAACUACCAAGACAUGGCCGUCCUCGAGGCCGUCCGUGGAUGGGAAGAACUCGCCGGCCUUCCUCACAUUAACGACGUCAAGAAGGGCGACGACGCGGAUGAUGUAGAGGUCGAGGUUGAGGCAAAGGAAGAGGAGGAACCCGUCGAUGAUGGACUCUGGACCCCGGAUCAGGUCGAGUACCAGAUUGACAAUGUCAUCGCUACGGAUUAUACGGCGUUGCUUUUGGAGCAUGAGGAACAUAUCAACCAACCUCUCGAGGACAACAUCUUGUUUGAUCUUGCGAACUACAUCCCAGACUCCCUCCUGCCUUACUUCGACGACGCCAAAGACGCAGUGGUUGGGCUGUUGUCGAAACUUGGUAUUGUCAAGGAUGACUCGGUUUCCAGCUCAGCCACCGCCGAGGCUCAGCGUGCCCAACAGGCUCUCACCCAAGCCCAAAGCGCUUUAAUGCGUCUGCACAACGAGAAGGCUGAGGCCCAGAAGGACAUUGACGAGGUCUUUGCCCCUGAAGCGUUCGGUACCCGUGGAGAGUGGAAGAAAUUGGAUAACGAGUGCCUGAACCUUAACACUGGAGACUACACUUACGAGUUGUGCCUGUUCAAGGAAGCUAAGCAGAAGCCUAAUAGCGGUGGCCAGACUUUCAGUCUAGGACGCUUCAGCUCAUGGAAUAACGCUCCCGGUGUCGAAGUCGGCUCACCAGAGUACUACUCGAAGAUGUUCUACAAGCACGGUACGAGGUGCUGGAACGGUCCUGAACGAAGCGUCGUGGUUCUAUUGAGCUGCGGAGUCGAAAACGCUGUGACGAACGUUCAAGAGCUCGAAAAGUGCGAGUACCAGUUCACUGCAACGACACCUGCGCUGUGCUUGCCGCUCGAUUCCAAGAGUGGUAAUGCUGGUAACAAGGAGGAGCUCUAGGUUACCGCUUCAGUGAGCCAUUGGACUUCAUCGUGGUAUCUAUUUGAUAGAAAUAUCGCUAUCGCUAAUGAAAUUAUUUGGAAAGG